AUGCUCUUCGUGGCAUUCUGCCUAGUACUCGGUGUACUAGGCCACGUCAUUGCUAGCGGCUUCACGGAUGAUGAGCUGGUUCCGCUCACGCCGUUUAUAUGGCCCAAAGACGAGCCUCUCGAGGCCAUAGUCAUAGACUUGGAAAGCUACCUCGAACAGCAUGUCACAGUCGCCCAAGCUGGUUUGGACCUCUUGAGCGUAACUGUUGACCAAACCGCCGUGUGUGAAUCACGAUCACCUGAAAAUGGAACUUUUGUGGUCCUUUGUCGUAACGACGAGUUGUACUCUUUGUUGGAGACAAUGCAGAGCAUUAAGGACAGGUACACCCACCAGUUCUGCCACGACUGGGUAUUUCUUAACGAUGAGCCUUUUGACGAGUAUUUCAUGACCGGGAUAGUUCUGCAAAUGCCUGGCGGGAUCAUCAGUUUUGGGCAGAUUCCCAAGGACCAAUGGGGACCUCCAUCGUGGAUUGAUCUGGCAGAAGCUGCAAAGAAGCAGCAGGCUUUGGUCGCCAAGAACGUGUACAAAGCAGAUUCGAACAGCUACAGAAACAUGUGUCGAUAUUACUCUGGGUUCUUUUACAAGCAUCCACUCUUGAAAGCCUACAAGUACUACUGGCGCCUAGAGCCUGGGGUGAAGUACUACUGCGACAUGGGUUACGAUGUCUUCAAGUUCAUGCGGGAAAAUGAUAAGAAAUACGGCUUCACCAUCUCGCUUUUCGAAUACAGAGACACAAUUACGUCUCUCUGGGAGACUAGCAAACAAUGGAUGUCGAGAAUGUCACUCCCACUGAACAACAUGGUGGACUUUGUGGAAAACGCGGACGGCUCGUACAACCUCUGCCACUUUUGGCUGAAUUUUGAGAUUGCCGAUUUAGACUUCUUCCGUUCCCCACAGUACCAAGCCUACUUUGAUCACUUGGACCGUGCUGGCGGCUUCUAUUACGAACGCUGGGGCGAUGCUCCUGUCCAUACAAUCGCCGCGACGCAUCUUUUGGCAAAAAGCGAGAUCUGGUGGUUCAGAGAUAUGGGCUUGGAGUGGACGCCCGAGUCGCUGGCUGCCUUGGUCUCCGUCAAGCCUCCCGAUGACUCUUGUCGCUGGCUUCCUGGUUUUGUGUGUGAUUGGCGCAAGCAGCAAUCCUCAACUUCCUCAACUCCAUACGAUCCAAAGGUUUCUAAACCGUCUAGUACGCCGAAAGCUUCGGCCUUGCCCGAGUCAGAUAAGAAGAAGCUCGAGUUUAUUCGUUCCUAUUACACAAAGCUGAAGUCCAACAAGCAGAAGUUGGAGAUUGGUCAAAAAUUUUACGAUAGCAUCUUGACCACUGUGAGAAAGUCAAAGCCGGACUCAGUCUUGGCGCAAGACUACCCCGUCGAAAAGCUCGAUUCCAAGAGAUAUGAGUUGCGUGAUACGACUAUCCCCACCUACUCCAAGACCUUUUUGUCCGGCUUCCUUAAGCUCUCCGAUAAGGAGUUCAACGAUCUCAAAGCUUCCCACGACUACGUCAUUGACAAGCUCCCACUGCAGGCUCCUCUGGGCUUGUAUUCGGGUGAUGGUAUCGUCUACGUCGGUGGAGGCAAGUUCAAUUGGUUGACAUUGCUCUCCAUCCGCGCUUUACGAGCAGAAGGUUGCUUGCUUCCCAUCGAAAUCUUGAUUCCAACCAUCGAUGAAUACGAACUCGAACUUUGUUCGAGAGUAUUCCCUGCGAUGAAUGCCCGCUGUAUCUAUCUUCCCAUGCAAUUCAGAGGCGAACAGCUGUCGGCAACAAAGUUGGAGUUCAGUGGUUACCAAUACAAGUGUUUGGCCAUCUUGCUCUCGAGCUUCGAAAACGUCUUGUUAUUGGACAGUGAUAAUGUCGCAGCAUAUGCACCAGAUCAUCUAUUCACAAAGGAGCCUUUCGUUUCCAGUGGUCUUAUUGUCUGGCCCGACUUCUGGAAGAGAUCCACUUCACCCGACUAUUACAAGAUCGCAAACGUCAAGCUAAGCCAGACUGAGUUGCUUCCUCGAUAUGAUGAAGUCUACGGUGAAUAUCAUCCACAGACAUAUCAGGAGCCGCUAGAUCUUGAUAACACACCAUUGCAUGAGAGGGUAGGUGCGAUCCCCGAGCCUUCCUCUGAAUCCGGUCAGCUCAUGAUUUCCAAGAAAACUCAUAUGAAGGAGCUUCUUCUAGCACUUUACUACAACUACUAUGGGCCUUCACAUUACUAUCCUCUUUUCUCGCAAGGAGCACAAGGAGAAGGUGAUAAGGAAACUUUUUUGGCUGCUACCAUCGUCACAAAAGGAAGCUUCUAUCAAGUCGGAAAAUUCUUGGAUGCCCUUGGAAACAUUCGUAAAGAUGCUUUUAACGGCAAUGGUAUGGGCCAGUUCGAUCCGGUCGAGGACCUAGCCUGGCAAAGAAAGAAGGAAAAGCUUCGUACAGAAUUUUCGGGUGACGCUUAUUACGAAGAAGUGAAGAAGCUCCAGAAACCUAAAAUGCUUUUCGUUCACGCGAACGUCCCAAAGUUGAACCCAUGGUCCAUGAAGAACGAACACGACACCGUUGAUGAGGAUGGUAACAGAUAUCGUCUUUACGGCCUCGGAAUGAGAGUAAGAACUGGAGCAGACUUCGAGGGAAUUGUCUAUGGUCAUAUGGACACUCUUCUAUGCGAACUCAACCUCAACAUAAAUGCAUUCAAGGAGAUAGACCGCAAGGCUCUUUGUACUGAAAUCAAGACACACAGAGAGUGGUUGAAGUCAACAGAGCAUACUCUCGAGUAG